GACACACCCAGCCAGCAGCGCUGCUCAGACCAACAGGUUUACAGGUGUCGUCUACAGGACGAGCUUAGUGUUGGUGGUCACUCGCUCUCACUCGUCCACUUUCAUCUGCAGAAACUCAAACCAGGUAAAAGCAAAAAGGAUUUUUGGAGUCACCUCAGAGGUUUGUCUGUCUGCUGAGAGCCAGACAGGAGCGUCGGUGCAAACAGAAAGCUGUCCUACUGGCUCUGCCUGAUUCCUGCCUCCACUCUGUCACAGGCUGCUGAGUGCUUCCAGGGAAUAAAGUGGCACAAAGAAGGUCACAGCCGGGAAGUGUGUUCUGAGAGGAGACACAGACUUCAUGGAGGUCAGCGGGCCGGCGGGGGCUGGACAUGUGUGUUUUUAAUUGUCCUUCCGAUAGCGCUGCCUGUUUCCUGUGUACCGAGGGGCAGAGAGAGGCUAGCCAUCGCAGAGGCAGUCUGAAAGCAGAGGCUCCUCCUGCCAGCAUCUCAGAGGAUGUGUGAAGACAGACAGGGCGAGUGUGCAACACACCAGUUUCACACCAGACCCAUAAACUGAGCGGCACAAACCACAACCAGGAGAAGAGGAAGAAGGCCCAACAGAUGAGUGGCUGUUUGAUGGUAUCAUCUCAACUCGAGGAUGGAGAAAGACAGUAGGAAACCAAAGACCUUUGUGUCCACCUUCCGCUUGGCCCUCAAGCCUCAAACCCAGCCUACCUCUGUGAAGAAGCAGAAAGAGAACGGACUGGACACAACGGACAGGACUUUGAUGGGAAACAGCAAACUGGGGAUCCCAUCUGCAGCAGAUUCCCGGCAGACAAAAGUUCAGAGUGUUGAAGCGCCGCGCUUCAAAGAGCCGCUCAGAGACUGUACAGUCUGUGGUGGAGGUGAUGCUACGCUGCAAGGUGUUAUCACCGGAAGUCAACCUCUGAGCGUUUCCUGGCUACACAAUGGUGAGAAGGUGCAUUCAAAUAAGACUUCAUUCAAAAACGGUGUUGCCAGCCUGACUCUGUCUGCGUGUUCACCUGUAAACGCUGGUACGUACACCUGCACAGCUGAGAAUGCUGCAGGUAAACAGUCGAGCAGCGCUGCACUACGUAUCACAGCAACAAAGGAAACCGUCAGAACAAACCGCCGUGAGCUGCACGGUGAGGUCACGUCUGGGGUUGCAUCACAUGAAAACACCAGAUUGUCCUCAGCUUCUAAAGGGGCAGAAGAAAAGGACAAAGUCUCCACAGACAUCAGAGACAGCAGCCUUCAGACAAAAGCCUCCACCAACAAAGGGCCUCCUGUGGAGUUUCUGGACCCACCAGAGCAGGUGGAGGUCCGAGUGGGCGAGCAGGCCCGACUACAGUGUGAGUUCAGGAGCAGCUCCGUCCCUGUGGCCUGCUGCUGGAUUUACAACAGAGACAAGGUGGUGGCAGGAGGGCCGCGGAUUUCAAUCUGCAGCACCAAGACGCAGAGCGGCGUUGAGAUCUCUCAGGCGGUUCCGGAGGAUACAGGCCUGUACACUGUGGUUGUACGAAACAGAACAGGUUCUGCUCAGCACACAGUUUCGCUCAGCGUCAUAGACCGGCCUGAUCCACCAGCAUCCCAUCCGGUUGUGUCCCAGCUGUCCACUCAGUCCCUGGUUCUGUCCUGGACUGGUCCCAGCUACGACGGUGGUACGGCUGUGUUGGGCUACAUUGUGGAGGUCAGUCAAGGCGGUUCAGACAACCCCAGCAGCUGGACUCAACUAAUAAACCGCUGUAAGAACACGUCCUUCCACGUCCGCUCGGGCCUGGAGCCUCUGGGGCAGUACCGCUUCCGAGUCAGAGCUUACAACUCGGCAGGGGUCAGUGAACCGAGCCAGGAGUCCGAGUUUGUCAAGAUGGCGACUGCAAAGGAGAAGAAAGAAGAACCAGAGUCAUACGUCACCAUGACCACAGACACCAAACAUAAAGUCAAGGAGCACUACAACGUGCACGAGAAGCUGGGCGUUGGAAAAUUUGGAGACGUGCACCGACUGACCCACAAAGAGACGGGCCAGGCUUACGCAGGGAAGUUCUACCGGGCCAGGUCCUCCAAGGAGAAGGCGACCGCUCGCAAAGAGAUCGAAAUAAUGAACAAGCUUCACCACCCGAAACUUGUGCAGUGUCUGGCUGCCUAUGACACCCGGUCGGAGCUGGUCAUGGUCAUGGAGUACAUCGAAGGCGGCGAGCUCUUUGAACGCAUCGUGGAUGACAACUUCGAGCACACGGAGCCCACCAGUGCCCGCUACAUGCAGCAGAUCCUGGAGGGCAUGCAGUACGUUCACAAGCAGAACAUCAUCCACUUGGACCUCAAACCGGAGAACAUCGUCUGUGUGGACACAACCGGGACACGGAUCAAGAUCAUCGACUUCGGCUUGGCGAGUGAACUGGAGGAGGGUAAACCUCUGAUGGUGCUGCACGGUACGCCCGAGUUUGUGGCCCCUGAGGUGAUCAACUAUGAGCCCGUGGGCCUGGAGACCGACAUGUGGAGCAUCGGAGUCAUCUGCUUCAUCCUGCUCAGUGGAGAAUCCCCCUUCCAGGGAAACAGUGAUGCUGAGACCUUUGCUCUUGUGACCGCUGCCCGCUACGAGUUCGACGAGGAGAGUUUUGAGGACAUCUCGGAUCAAGCUAAAGACUUUAUCAGCUCCCUGCUCAAGAAAGACCGGAGAGGCAGGUUGUCGUGCACCGAGGCCCUGGCUCACCCCUGGAUGGCCUCCUUCACCCCUCUGAGCCGCAGACCCACCAAGUCCCUCAACAAGGAGAAGAUGAGACGCUUUCUGGCCAAGCGCAAGUGGAAGAAAACUGGCAAGGCUGUUCUGGCCCUACAGCGAAUGGCUAACCUCUCCAACAGGCCAGACUCUCCUGGCAGCUCUUUAGAGGAGCCAGGCUGGAGCCAGGAGGCAGAGGAGGCCAUCCAGUCGCUGGAUAAGCAGCUUCAGAUCGAGCCUCGCUUCCAGCAGGCCCUGAAGGACGCCACCCUUCCCAAGGGAGCGACUGCUCAGCUAACGUGCCUUGUCAAUGGUUACCCACAGCCGGUGGUGAAGUGGCUUCAGGAUGAGAAGCUGAUGUCUGAGUCGUGCAGAGUGACAAUGCAGCAACAUGAAGACGGGCUCUGCUCUCUGGUUCUGGCUGAUCUGGAGCCUUCUGACUCCGGGGUUUAUGUGUGCAGAGCCAGCAACAAGCUGGGGGAAGCCAUGUGCUCUGCCAAGCUGAAAGUGGAGCUGUAAGGGAACGUGAAGCGUUUAGGCUUUCCCUCAUUAGAGUCACGGCACGUCAGCUCACGGAUGGACAGCUACUCACGUCAUGUCUAAGCAAAGAAAGGGCGUGUUGUCGUCAUCUAGCAUCAAGGGGGAUUAUGGGGUUUGGAGACACAUCACCUGUUAGCAGGGCACUCAUGAAGUUUGUAUUCCUGUAAUGCGGUUAGUAACUGAUGCACAACGUUCUGUACCGACACGAGGUGACGUCACGCCGCAGAGAUCAGACAGGUCACGUGAAAACUGUACAUGUUACAUAUUUAAAUAUUGUUCAAAUGUAAAUGUUUUAAGAGGUAAUAAAAUUAAAGGUUGAGUUUAAAAGAA